GCUCUCUCUCUCUCUUGUUGAAGCUCAUGGGAACUGAAAGCAAGAACGACGAUUACACAAAAAAUGUGGAUAAUCGGACAGCAGAAGAGAAGGCAAUCGAUGCGUGGUUGCCUAUCACUUCUUCGAGAAAUGCAAAAUGGUGGUACUCAGCUUUCCACAAUGUCACAGCCAUGGUUGGAGCUGGGGUUCUCAGUCUCCCUUACGCCAUGUCUGAACUAGGAUGGGGGCCUGGAGUAGCUGUGAUGGUCAUAUCUUGGAUCGUCACCUUCUACACGUUGUGGCAGAUGGUUGAGAUGCACGAAAUGGUACCUGGCAAGAGGUUCGACAGAUAUCAUGAGCUUGGACAGCAUGCUUUUGGAGAGAAGCUCGGGCUCUACAUCGUCGUACCUCAGCAACUAGUUGUUGAAGUUGGAGUGGACAUUGUGUACAUGGUCACAGGAGGGAAAUCACUCAAGAAAUUCCAUGACACGGUCUGCCCGGAAUGCAAAGAUAUCAAGCUUACGUUCUUUAUAAUGAUCUUUGCCUCUGUCCACUUUGUCCUCUCACAUCUGCCCAACUUCAACUCCAUUUCUGGAGUGUCUUUGGCUGCCGCAGUCAUGUCCUUGAGCUAUUCCACGAUUGCAUGGGGGGCCUCGCUGAAAAAGGGUGUUCAACCAAACGUGCAGUAUGGUUACAGAGCCACGACCACGGCUGGUACUGUUUUUAACUUCUUCAGUGCUCUGGGAGAUGUGGCUUUUGCCUAUGCUGGUCACAAUGUUGUCCUGGAGAUUCAAGCCACCAUCCCUUCAACACCUGAGAAGCCUUCCAAGGGACCCAUGUGGAAGGGAGUGAUCGUUGCUUACAUUGUUGUUGCGCUGUGCUACUUCCCUGUGGCCUUCAUUGGAUACUGGAUGUAUGGCAAUGAAGUAUCAGACAACAUUUUGAUAUCACUAAACAGACCGACUUGGCUCAUCGCCAUGGCUAACAUGUUCGUUGUGAUACACGUUAUUGGAAGCUAUCAGAUAUACGCGAUGCCAGUUUUUGACAUGUUAGAGACAGUCCUAGUCAAGAAACUAAGGUUCAGGCCAACCUGGUACCUCCGAUUCAUCACCAGAAACAUCUAUGUUGCAUUUACAAUGUUCGUUGGCAUUUCAUUCCCUUUCUUUGGCGGACUCCUCGGAUUCUUUGGGGGAUUUGCUUUCGCACCAACCACAUACUUUCUGCCUUGUAUCAUGUGGCUUGCUAUCUAUAAACCAAAGAGAUUCAGCCUAUCUUGGAUCACUAACUGGAUUUGCAUCAUUCUCGGAGUCCUUUUGAUGAUUAUAGCACCAAUUGGAGCACUAAGGCAAAUCAUACUACAAGCAAAGGACUACGAGUUCUACUCAUAAGCAUUUAGUCUCUAGAGUGUUGUAUCUUGUUGGUUGAGAGGGUGGAUCAAUGGGUUUUCGGAUAGGAUAAAGUGAAGACUCCUGGAAGAAUUUAAAGCAAAGAUGGAUGUGUCGUUUGACUAGCGAGGGAUGGAGGCCUCAUUAAUUGCCUCCUCCAGGCUCCAACAAUUUCAAUGCUCCCAAAUUUAUGUCUGAAUUUAUUGUGUGUGUAUAGACCUGUUUGCUGAUGUUCUGAACUUAUAGUACCUUUGUGAAUGGACGGCAGUAUUACAAUACCAAUUAAAUACAAUCAUAUGCGAGCAAAUUACUA